AGAAUAUACGUUUAACCCACACAUUUUUCUUUCCCUUUUCCCUAUCAGUCCAGUUUAUUAACUCGGUCCAAUUUUUGUAUUUUGACAUUUGAUAAGAUCAUCGAGCGAGACACACAAAGUAAUUACUCAUACAUAGACACGUAUUUCGUUUUCAUUUUCGUAAAAUUACAAGAAUUUACGACACUGUAUAAGCAAGGUUGGCUUCGACUUCAAAUUUAGGGUUGCAAUUCAACCCUAAAUCAGCAAGCACAGAGGAGAAGCCCCUUUCUUGUUCUUGUUUCUGGCUCCAGAGUCGGAAGAUGAACAUCAGCUUGGAGUGUACUGAAAAGGUGAGAUGCAGAGAGGUGGAUCUUUCAUCAUCUUUUUGCCGCUCUGUGUAUUCAGAGAUAGAAGAGGUUGGAUGGGAGCAUUUGGUGAAGUUGGAUCAUGAUCUUAUGAUUCUUAGCUUCCGAAUCCUAGAUAAGAAGGGAAGAGCACAUAUUAUGGAAAUUGAAUUGGAAAAGGCCUAUCCAAGAUGUCCACCUUCAAUUUCUGCGGAUGUGCCUUAUACUUUUAACUUAGAAUGGUCUGUGAACUCAAGACUGAAACAUGUCGUGCAGCAGUUUCAAGAGCAUCUGGAGAAGCUUCAGGAAUUUUGGUGUACCUUGGAUAAUAUUGAUAAAUCUCUUUGGGUUGUUUAUCCAAAAGAGCCAUCUCGAGCAACAUCAUGUCGUGAAAUCAAUUUAGGUUUGUGUUUCUUAGGGAAUGAUUGCUUUAUCAUGUUGUCUAUAAAUGUGAAUGAUCCAAGAUCCUUACCAGAGUGUCGUUUUAUGGGUUCAGAUCCAAUUGUAAACUCAUUGAGAAAGAAGUGGACGAGAAAUAGCAAAAGAUGGGUGAAGGACAAAUCACUCGUUGAAAAUCUUGAUAGUGCAUUGGAGACUUCAUUGCCAGGACCCCCAGAUGUUCACAAGAAUGAACAGCAAGUCGAAUGUGGAAUAUGUUAUGCUCAAUUUCUUCCCAUUGAUGAAGAGCUUGGUGCUAAGAGUGGAAGUGGAACAGACUAUACAUGUGAGAAUACCAGUUGCAGUAGGGCCUUCCACAGUGUUUGUCUUAGGGAUUGGUUGCGUUCCAUCACAACAACAAGGCAGUCAUUUAAUGUUCUGUUUGGGAAUUGCCCCUACUGUUCAGAUCCUGUUGCAGUCAAAAUCAGUGACACUAGGAAGUAAAUCCCGGACUGUCAUUAACUUAUCAGAUGAGACUUCCAGAUAAUUCCGUUGCAUGAUCACAGCUCUGAGAGCUAGAGGCAUUGAAUUCCUGACAAAGCACACAUAAUUCCACCCAAUUUCUGGUAUUCCAAAUCCAUAAGCCACUGGAGGUGAGCUUGUGGAGGGCUGUUGCCUUUGGAACGUAGCAGACAAAUUUUUUUGUUUGAUUAAAUUCUAAGUUUAUGACACUGGGAAUGCUUAUUAUUUUUAAAAGGGAAAGUUGUGUUUUCAUGUACCAAUAUGAUAAUAAUAUUGUUUUGAGAACCCAAUUUUACAUAUUUCAAAAUUGAUAAUGUAAUUAGAAAAUAUUUGGAGAAUCAUGCACUUUCAGUU